AUGCAUUUCUCCCUAGUGCUUCAGGCCAUCGCCGACGACGCUGAAGGGGCAGAAGAUGGUGAGAGUGGCCACCACAUCCGCCCCUGCGACAACCCGCUCUUCUCUACGGCCCCGCAUCAAGGCGGCAAGCUGACUAACAUGUCCUUCGUCGACGACCUCACCGACUUCAACUCGACCACCAGCCACUCCGACAUCAUUGACAUUACGAAAACUUCAGCCGAACGUCUAUGCCGUACCGCCUUCACCUAUGGGCUCAAGCCGCACCCAGACAAGACCAAGGUUAUCAUCUCCUUUAACGGGACGGGCUCCAACGUCGCACGCAGCAGGCUUGCACAGCAAAACAUUACGUCAAUCCAGCUGAGCAUCAUGUCGAUCUCGGUCCAGAUCACAGACCAGCACCGACUCUUAGGCACUAUCCUAACCAACGGCAGCAUGGGACCCGAGGUACAGAAUCGCAUGCGACGAACCGAAGCUUCGGCACGAGCUCUUGAGAGGCAAAUCCUAAGACGACGACGCCUACCCCGCAAAACGAAGAUCAAGUACGUGCACGCCCUCUCGACCGCCUCAUUGACCUUCAACCAUCACGUCUGGCCAACACUGACCCAGACCGACCACCAGCGCAUCUCCAACGCCUACUCGAAGCCCUACCGCACGGCAGCUGGACUACCCAAGACGAACUCGCAGCUUCAUCAUUUCACGGCCACCGAAGUAGUUGCUUACACAGGCAUCCCCGACUUCGACCACCACCAGUCUGCUGGAAGGUUGCGAUAUUUACCACGGCUUCUACGACACGCUCCUCAGCAGCUCCUCCAACUGCUUGACAACCAGCGACGGAGGAAGGGCUCAUGGACAUACAUGCUUUUCCAGGACUUCGAUUUCCUGCGCACAUACCUGGACGACCAGCGCUGGCCCACGACAAGCAAGCUCGACCCCGACGUUUUUGCAUGGGCUCGCACCACGCCGAAGCACUUCACCAACUCCGUCAACCUGGCCGUCACAAACUACAUCCGCGCCUUUAAAGACCACGCCCACGCCGACAAGCUCACCAAGGUGCUCAGACCCGACGGCCCCACGGGUGCGGACACUACGCCAUCACGCGACAACGGCGCCUACAACUUCAUCUGCUACGAGUGCGGAAUCGUAACCAAGACAAAGCAGGGCAUGGCAAUACAUAUCGGACGUGAACACCGACGACCUGAGCACCCGCGAAACUGGGCAUCGGGUACGUCGUGCAGAAUAUGCCGCCAGAACUUCCACUCCUUCGCCAAGCUAGUGAAGCAUCUAACCACGGUCGCCCGCUGCCGAAGGUCAUGGCACAUGUGGUACUUACAGGGACCUGCCCUCACGGAGGAGGACGUGGCCAACAACCAGUCGAUCUACGCGACCAGCAUAGCCGACAACAAACGCAGAGGACGCCCCGAACUAUACCACCAUAUCCCUACCCAUGCAUCCGACGUCACUCCCUUACCAUCACUCGACCUAUCACCUUCACCACCGCCAUUCUUCCCGACAGUACCUGAGCUCACACCACCACCACCAGCCCACCACCCUCGAACACCGACCAGAAACAGAUCUCUUCUUUACCUCACCAACACCGAGAGACACCCGAACGAUCUGUUGGACAUCACGGACCAACGACUAUGCUACAAGGGAAUGGUGAUGGAACGAGUUAUCAUGACCUUCGACGACCUCUACUCUGUCGACCACCCAUCACAGUACGACGCCCUCGACUCGAUCCACCAACACAUUCGACAAGGCGACUUCGCGGGAGUGAUGAUCAGCCUCUCAUCCAGGACGUGGACAGACCAAGGCGAGGGCGACCAGCAUGACAGAAAAGCAGCAUCUUCAAGAACAACCACAGAACCCUGGGGCAGAGUAAGCCUUGGAGGCGAGGCAGCCGAACGACGACUGGUCGCGAACCACCAUGCCCGCCUCGCCAUCCACACAUUCCACGUCGCCCACGUCGCCGAAGUACCAGCACUACUAGCACAAUCUGCAGCCCCAGCAGGGACAACGACGAUCUGGAACACUGAGAUGAUGUUCUACGCAGUGGAGAAUCUCGCUACGAAGAGACCGACCAUGGUAGACGUCACCAGCAGCAUCUAUGCAGUAUAUUACGGCUCCUCCGACGAGCACGACAAUCCAAUCGACAAUUUUGUCGCAUCCAUCGCGGGCAGCCCGAGCUGAUCAGAGUUGGCCGUAACAUGGCCCAUGAAGAUCAACAAGAGCGCGCACCACGGCAAGACCGCCGUAGCGCUCACGGAGACCGCCAACAACAUCAGGGACGCCCCCUCUAGGGAGAGGGGGGGGAGGACACGGUCCAGGUCUGACCUGGGCCGCCACCCGCGGGCAGGCCGUCAUGGGGCGCGCCUUCGGCGCACGCGCGGGCACGCCCGCGCGGACGGCUGCGUCCCGCGAGGACAUGGAGCCGCGAGCGAAGCGAAGCGAAGC